UUCAAGAAUUAUUUUACUUCACUUGGUUCUUUUUUUGUAUAAUUGCUGAAUUAAAGUAUUCAAUUUAGUUGGUCUAAGGAAUUUUCCAUUUAACACUGGUCUCCUAGGGCUGCUGUAACCAAGUACUGCAAACAAGGUGGCUUAGAACAACUGAACUCUUUUGUCCUACAGUACUGAAGGCUGAAAGUCACAAAUCAAAGUCUGGCCAAGGCCAUGCUGUCUCUGGAACCCAGGUUUUCAGGAAGUCCGAAUUUGACUCAGGAGGUCCCAGUGACUUGCAUCUUGACUCAGAGAUGGAGGAAUCAGAUUCAUCUAAACAGCAGCUGCACAGACAGGAGGGACUAAGCAACACCAAGACACAAUUGGUUGAACAGAGUCUCAUUUCAUCUGAGAAAUGGCUUCAACUGCAUGGACUUAAGAGCAACAAAUUGACCUUGAACCAGAUUCUGUCGCAGAUUGGAUUUCCACACUGUGAAGAUUAUGUGACUUCUCUGAGGAGACCCGUGGCUUCUAGGUAUGCCGUUGGCCUGUUUCCGCAGUUCUACCUAGCAGAAGAUGGCAGAGUGUACAAUCUGACGGCUAAAUCGGAACUGAUCGAUCGGUUCACGGGGUCCUUAGAACAAGCCCUGGAGAGCUGCAGGCGGCGGAUGGACUGGCUCACCAGUGGGAGCCGGCAGAUUUUCGGGGUCAUCCUGGAACAGUGCAUCACCUUAGUGCUGGAUUUCGGCGACAUUCUGGAGGGCGAGCUUCCUCUGUGCCGAGAGGCUCUGACCAUGGUCCUGCGGGAGCAGGUGGCUCAGGUCGCCAGGUUCAAUUUCAUAUGGGUUACUCAAGAGCCUGUGAAAUGGCAAGAACACGCUAUUCCGGUGACCCAACAGUGCAUAGCCGCUGCAACAGGCUGGGUCGAGGAGCUGAGUUUUGAGCUGACCACGAUGAGCGCCAUCUGCCGCCUAGACGCUCUGCUGGAAGCUGGGAAAGACGAAACUAUUGAGUCCAUUUACUACUUCGUGGUGGGGGACAUUCCGGCGGAGUCCAAGGAGCUUCUCCUCCAGAGGGCUUUGGACAUCCCACAUCCUGUCCACACAGUGUCCUUCAACGCCAGAGGAGAAGGCAUGGUAGCUUUCCUGAAGGAUCUGAGCGCCAAGACCCAUGGCAGAUUCCACGCGUUUGCCGAGAGGACAGAGUGUAUGGAAUUGCCAGCUUUCCUCACAGAGGCUGGUGACAAUGUGAUCACUUGGAAUUCAAGAAAACUGAGAGGAAAACUCCCCCCAGGGGCUGGAGUCAGAGAAGACGUGUUUCUCAUUUGGAAGGAGAUGGAGGAGGCCUUCAGAACCCUGGCCCAGGUCCAGAGGCUGCUGGUCGAUCUCCCCAAGUCCAGCACGGCCCAGAUAGACUGCGAGUCAGGUGUGGAGAGUGAGUCGAAUCCAGAAGACACCUGGGACUCCAAGAAGUGGCUACAGAAAUAUGGUCUGAAAGCCCAGAAGCUGUCAUUUUACGAUGUCCUUGCUGACUGCUCCUUCCGCCAUGCUGAUGGAGUCAUUGAGAUAAAAGCCAAACCGGAGAACGAGUCCCUGCAGACCAGUGCGGAGAGCAAGAAGAAGACAGUCCAUGCAAAAUACUGCAACAAUUUCAUCCACGCUGCCUGGAAGGAUGGGAGCUUGGUCCACGUCAACAUCACCAAGGAGAAGUUCAGGUGGUACAGUGACAGAGUCCACACAGUGCUGGCCAGGAUCCGGAGGAGGAUUAAAUGGCUAGAGGACAGGAGCCAAAUCCUCUUUGGAAAGGUGCGUGAGGAUUGUGUCUACGUCCUCAUCGAUACGUCUCACUCCAUGAAGAGCAAACUGGACUUGGUGAAGGACAAGAUCAUUCAGCUUAUACAGGAACAGCUGAAAUACAAAAGUAAAUUCAAUUUUGUGACUUUUGAUGGUCAGGCAGUUGCUUGGCGGGAAAAACUUGCUGAAAUCAAUGAAGAUAAUUUGAAAGCAGCUCAGUCCUGGAUUAGAGACAUUCAGGUUGGAAGCUCCACGAACACCCUGGAUGCCCUACGAAUUGCUUUUGCUGAUAAAGAAACACAAGUGAUCUACCUUCUGACGGACGGCAGACCUGAUCAGCCACCUGAGAUGGUGAUAGAACAAGUCAAAGUUUUCCAGAAAAUUCCUAUUUACACCAUUUCCUUCAAUUACAAUGACAAGAUUGCGAAUGAAUUUUUGCAAGAGCUUGCUUCUUUGACGGGAGGAGAUUUCCAUUCUUAUAAAUUUGGUUGCAAGGAUCCCAUUCCUCAGGAGGCUCUUCAGAAUGAAGAUGUGAUUCUUUUGGUUCAGGAGAUGGAGCAGGGCUACAGUGACCUGGAGAAGGUGCAAAGUCUUUAUUCCAAGUCCUUGAUCAUGGACUGGUGGUACAACGGAGAGAAGGAAGAAAGCAAGCAUCAAAAGGAAAUCUCUUCUAUGGUUGCAACCCCAGAAAAAUGUGCUAAAACUCAAUCUGAUGUUGAAUCAACACAAAUCUCACCCUUCAAUAUAUUGAAAGUACCCUGGGACCUUUCAAAUCAGCAGAAGAGGAAAGGCCUCCAUGCAGAAUCAACCAAAACCAGCCUGCUUAGAAGCCAGAUGUCCGCCCUCAAGAGCCCACCUUGCAGUGAGAGAAAGGACUGUCUCUCCAAAUCCAGCAGCUGGACCCUUUCUCUGAGUGACAGAGAGAUGAGCAUCCUGCUGAUGAAUGAGUAUCCAGACGACAGAUCGUCAGAUAGAUGGACUCGAGAAGGAAGCCAAUCCUACGAUGACAACUUUUCAGAGGUGUCCUCAGAGAGCUGGCUUCAGAUCCACGGCCUGGUGGCCAGGAAACUCACCAUCAUGGACGCCUUGUCAGGGACCAUGGUGCCCCACAGCCCCACCUACGUUCCCAUCUUGGACAAGCAUGUCUCCUCCAAGGUCUUUGAUGAGGUAUUUCCUCUGGCACACGUGUGCAACGACACGAAUAAGAUGACACUGAUCAAUCCCCAAGGAGUCAAACUCAAUAUCUACAAGCAGAAAGUGGAGCAGGCCAUUAAAUCCUAUGAAAAGCGCUUGAAUAAAAUCGUAUGGCAAGCAUUAUCUCAAGAGGAAAAACAAAAGUUAGAUGCAAACAAACCAAUACGAUACUUGGAAAACAAGACUGCUUUAAACAAGGCAUUGGAACGGUUGAAUUGGCCCAUUUCAUUGAAAGAACUGUCAAUGCUGGAGAAUGAGAUCCUGGCUGGAAAAAUGUACAUCCAGCAGGCCAUGGAGCUGCAGGGGGCAGCCAAGAAGAGCUGCAUAAGCAAGUCACUGGUUGAGAAACCUCAAGGAAAUCCUACAAAGAAAACCAAACCAAAAAAAGUAGAUCCCCUGAAAGGCCAGAAGGUUAUUGCAAGAUGUGAUGAAAAUGGCUUUUAUUUUCCGGGGAUUGUGAAGAAGUGCUUGAACCCCACCCACGCACUGGUGGGCUUCAAGUAUGGAGACACCAAGGUCGUUCCCACCUCCUUCAUCACUCCCAUCGGAGGCGCCAUGCCCUGCCCGCUGCUGCAGGUUGGAGAUUACGUGUUUGCCAAAAUUGUGAUCCCCAAAGGAUUUGACUUCUAUGUCCCUGCCAUUGUCACAGCACUUCCAAAUCCAGAUUCAAACUCAGAAAAAUUCUACACAGUUUUAAAGUGUAACAACCGUAGAGAAUUCUGCCCUCGGAGUGCACUCAUAAAGAUCAGCCAAAACAAAUAUGCUCUCUCUUGCUCUCAUAUAAUCUCACCCCCACUUCAGGAAAAUCCAAAAGGGAAAGACGCAGAGGUCAGGGAAUCUACCUUCGUACUCUGCCCACUGAAAGAAGCUGACAUGGGGGAUUUAAAAGAGCCCAAACAGGAGAACCCAAGAAGGAAGAAGAAGAAACCUGCUAAGAGGCCGCCUCUGCAGGAGGUGGUGUCUUCAGAUUCGGAUGACUCUUCCCGUGGCACCAGGUCCCAAGAAUCCCAUCCCAAGCCAUACCCCGAGCCCAAGGUGUGGGGAGGGGGACCAACACCACACAUCUCGGCGACACUUUGAAAUCUCGAUUUCAAGAAUAGUGCCUGUGAGGUCAAUUCCAGACUCCAGACAGAGUAGAUCCCACCACAGCAAAAACACUAACCCUUAAAUUAACACUAACAUCCACUUCCCCAGAGAAGGCCCGAGGCCCGAGGCCUAGGACUCAGCCGGCCAUCGCUGCCACAUGUCCACCUCCAGCAGCCCUGCCCUGUCCUCUCCAAGGCACACAGCAGCAAAGGGCUGAGGACCACCACUGAGAAGUCUUAAAAAAAUAGUCUAGUGGCAACUAGGUUUAAGAGAGCCAGGAUUCCUCCAGGCAGCCCAAGCCUCCGCCACUGGACACUAUGAAGCAGCCCCUCACUGAGGUAAGGCCGCCAUCUUCCACCCGAGCCUUCCCUGUGUGUAGCAGAGGCCUAUCGCGCGCCCCUCUCCUUCCCUGACUCCCCCACCUGUUUGAGCGUAUGGGUUCCCACCUUUCCUCACCAUUGUUCAUCCCGGUGUCUUCCCCAUCUUCACAAAACUCUUCUGGAUUUUCUGGUACAUGGUCACACUCAGAAGUUCUGACCUGACAGAUUAUUGUCAUAGGAUUUUCCAACUGUUUAGCAGUCAGUACUUAUCAAUCCAACCCUGCCACCUCGUUUUAAAGUAUCAUUCCCAUCUGAAUUAGGGACUUUGUCACUCAAGGUUGAGGACUGAAAUUAAGACCUGGUAGCUUGUCUGAGAUCAUCGAGACUGACCAUUCUCCGAGUUAUUGUUUUUCCGAACAUUUCUAUUGAGCCCUUCCUAAUUAUUUUUGUCUACAGUCUGUUGUAGGUACCUCUAAUUGAGUGCAGAACGAGAAUAAAAACUCUUACGUUGGAGACAUUUGAAAA